AUGUCGUCUAGCCCGUGCGGUGGGUGUGGCCAAAAAGUCGGGCGAAAUGCGGGCGGCAUGCAGUGCGAGUCUUGCAGCGUAUGGUUUCACAGCAAGUGCACGGACAUCCCCAAGGGGUCCGUUGCCGCGCUUAGCAUACCCGGCGCGUCGUGGAGAUGUAAAGUCUGUCGAUCACCCGAAUCCAGACGCAGAUCGUCUCUUUUCUGUCCGCCUCCUGCUGCUCCUCCUGUACCCUCCUUACCUGCCGCUACUCUGGAAUCUGUCCUGGAUGCGGUCAGGGAAAUUCGCUCUGAUUUGAAGACACUGAACAGCAGAUAUGCGGAUUUAGUGGAAUCUGUACAGUUCUGCAGCAAUAAAGUAUCGGAGUUCGAGGGUGUUAUAGGCAGGCUUCAUAAUCAAUUCAAACUUGUUGAAAAAAUCACUGCUGAAAACGUCACGCUAAAAAGAGAGGUCGUUGAUUUAACUAGUCGUGUUUCAGAAUUGGAACAAUAUUCCAGGCGCAGCAACCUCGAAAUACAAGGUAUUCCUCAGAAGAACAACGAGGAUCUGGUGAAGGUUCUCUCUUCAAUUGGUGAAUCCUUGGAUGUCUCCAUCUCACCUUCCGAAGUCGAUGCGAUCCAUCGGGUUCCUCAAGGUCCCGGCAGAGCUUCCAACUCGGACCCGAAAGCAAUUGUGCUUCUUGCUGCCGCCAAGUUGCGGAGACGAUCGGCUCCGAAGGAUUCUGGCCCUGGUUUGUCCAUUGAUGGGAUUUCGGAUAAACUUUUUAUCAAUGAGCAUCUUACCCAAGCGAAUAAAAUCCUCUUUGGGAGAACCAAGAAGAUGGCCAGGGAGAAGAAGUACAAAUAUGUAUGGAUUCGUGACUGCAAAAUAUUUGUGAGGAAGGGGGAUGACUCACGUCCCAUCUUAAUAAGAUCCACAGGUGACAUUGAUAAGCUUUAA